GCUUACCCUUAUCCCAGUCUCUGCAUUCUACUGUGCACAUUCUUAUGAUUAGGCGGCGCUGUUCUUUGCUGUUCUCAUCGACGGCGCUUAACAGUCAUCUAGCAUCAUCGACCGGACGGCGAUGAGUUUCAAGUUCUCUGCUGCACAUUCAAGUCGCAUCAAGAAAUCAACGAAACCGCCGACCAUCAACAGAAACGCCUCUCCCUUCUCAUCGCUACCCCGUCGCAAACCUGUACAAAGAUCCUCCUCGAAAUCCGCGACUGCCGACGAUGAAGACGAGGACCUUUUCGGCGAUCGGCUCGACGAUAUUGGGCUUGUCAAGGCCCUAGCCACCGAUCUCACUCUACGAGAUGUUGCGCAAGCAAUCAUGUAUACCCGAGGCAAGAUGUGGAGCAGUAUACCACAAGAGCGAGCGGGGAUGAACUCGACACGCAUAGCAGAGGUCUUGAACUUCCGGGCGUCCCUCCCGCCCAUCGUCACCGUGUCGCAUAUACAAGCGCUGUUGAAUUCGCCCACAACAGUCGAGAGGGAGAUCGCGGAGUUAAUCAAGGGGCGAGCUAUAAGGAAGAUUGUUGUCGGGGGGCGAGGCAGCAUAGGAGAGGCUUUAAUACUGGUUAAGGAUCUCGAGGAGCUUAUUGAGAAGAGCACACUGGAGCAAAGCGUCAAGGAGAAGUUCACGAAAUUACUCUACGAGCACCCAACUGCGAUGAAGAUCCCCCGCUCGGAACUAGCCCCCGACGAUGCGAAGGCGCUCACGCAUGCGGGUUUCCUGACGGCAGCCACGCCCACAUGGACAUCCACGGAAGUCUUCUCUACCCCAGGCCAAGGCUCCCGCGGCACCAUGACCUCUCUGAACAGCAUCUCGCGCGCAGCAUCAGGCACGCUCGCCGCAGUUGGUGGUGAGGGCGCCGUUCACGCCGCGGGCGGCAGUGGGGGAGGCAUCGGCACCCCCUCAACGGGGGAGCUCUCCCUCGCCAUCCCCGCCACCGGGGCGUUCCUCAAGCUGGUCGCGGGGGCGCGCGCACACCUGGUGUCCCUCCUCUCCAAGUCGCGGUUCCGCGAGGCGCCGGAGACGGUCCUGCGGCAGCGGUGGGACGGCGGGAUCGCGGCGGACGCAGCCUUGAGCGCGGCGAAGAGGAGCCGUGGUGAGUUCGCGGGCGUGCUCCCGGGGCGGACGCGCAAGUGGAAACAGUUCUACGGCAUGACGUUUGAUUGGAUCCUGGGGGAGUGUGUGGGUGCGGGCCUGGUGGAGGUUUUCGAGACGGGCAGUGUUGGGAGGGGCGUUCGUGCUUUAUAGGGUUGGAUGGCGGGGUGUCACGAUAUGAUUGAUAUGACUGAUUGCCUGAUACACGAGAUUGCGGAGUUGUGCAAUUUAGAAGUAGGGCUGGGCGGUACUAAGUACUGUAGAGAGUCGCUUCUAGGACGGUGUUGGGGAGAAGGCGACUGUAGAUGUAAGAGGGGGAUGGUAACGAGU